CGACGUGGACAACUAUAAAAUGUCCCUCCCUUAUCUAUUUGCAAAGCGUUGAACGUUCUCGUGCUGUCGCCCGUUCCGUCCUGCUCGCACAAUCAGAACCACCAUAAACGAGCGCGCGUGUAUGUCUGCAUUUUGGCGAGCCGACCGGAUUCCCCAAAUCCAGCAGCACAGGAAACCCUAGGGUUUAUGGAAAUCUGAAUCCGCAAUCACGUUCCCAAAUUUACGACGUGUCGGUUUCUAUAAAUGGCGGCACCAUUUCCUGCUGGUGGAGGUGGAGUUGUGGCGGUAAUGGCUGGACCCUUAGCCCCGCUCGAUCCUUCUCCGUCCAAGACUUGCCUGAAGAGCUCGGCGCACAAGUCGCCGAUCCUCAUCUUCUUGCUGUUUCACAAGGCUAUUCGCUCCGAGCUCGAUGGCCUCCACCGAGCCGCCAUGGCCUUCGCCAGCUCCGCCGCUGGAAUUCAGCCCUUGCUGGAGCGCUACCACUUCCUCCGCGCUAUUUAUAAGCACCAUUGCAAUGCCGAGGACGAGGUCAUAUUUCCAGCUCUCGAUAUACGGGUGAAGAAUGUGGCUCGAACGUAUUCUCUUGAACACGAGGGAGAGAGCGUUCUUUUCGAUCAAUUGUUUGAGCUGCUAAACUCCGAUAAACAAAAUGAGGAGAGCUACCGGAGAGAGUUGGCUUCUUGUACUGGAGCCAUCCAAACAUCAAUCAGCCAGCAUAUGUCCAAGGAAGAGGAACAGGUCUUCCCUUUGCUUAUUGAGAAGUUUUCAUUUGAGGAGCAAGCUUCCUUGGUGUGGCAGUUUCUGUGUAGUAUUCCUGUUAACAUGAUGGCAGAAUUUCUUCCAUGGCUCUCUUCCUCCAUAUCAUCCGACGAACAUCAGGAUAUGCGCAAGUACUUGAGCAAAGUAAUACCAGAAGAGAAGCUUCUGCAGCAGGUUGUAUUUGCCUGGAUGGAAGGGGAAAAUGUUUCUCAGGGCAAAGGUAAUUCCAAGGGGCAAUUUCAAGAUUCUGUAAAUAAGGGGAAGUGCGUGUGCGAAUCUUCCAGCACUUGUAAAAGGAAACGUGCGGACGUACAAUCUGAUAAUUCCAGCACCAUUGUUUUGAAUCCGAUAGAUGAAAUACUUUUUUGGCACAAUGCUAUAAAAAGAGAGUUAAGUGACAUAGCUGAGGCCGUUAGGAGGAUACAACUUUCUAAAGAUUUUUCUGAUUUGUCUGCAUUCAACAAGAGGUUGCAGUUCAUUGCAGAAGUUUGUAUUUUCCAUAGCAUUGCUGAGGACAAAGUUAUAUUCCCUUCUCUAGAUGCAGAACUCAAUUUUGCUCACGAGCACGCAGAAGAAGAAAUUCAAUUUGACAAGCUUAGGUGCCUCAUGGAAAGCAUCCAGAGGGCAGGAGCUAACUCAUCCACUUCUGAAUUUUAUAUGAAGUUAUGCUCUCAUGCUGAUCAGAUAAUAGAUGGCAUACUGAAGCACUUCCAGAAUGAGGAACUUCAGACUAGAGUAUUUGAAAGCUUCAAGGAUUUUAUCCUGAAAACCAAACAUACAAGAAAAGUCCUUCCACUUGCUCGUAAGCAUUUUAGCCCCAAAAGACAGCGGGUUCUUAUGUAUCAAAGCUUAUGCAUGAUGCCCUUGAAGUUGAUUGAGUGUGUCUUGCCAUGGUUGGUAGGAUCACUUACUGAAAAGGAAGCAAGUUCCUUUCUUCAAAAUCUUCGAAUAGCAGCUCCAGCAUCAGAUUCAGCACUGGUUACUCUUUUUUCUGGCUGGGCAUGCAAAGGUCGUUCUGCAAACAUUUGUUUGUCUUCAAGUGCAAUCAGUUGUCCUCCAAGGACAUUGAGUGAAACCGAAGAAGACAUUAGCUAUAAAUCACUAUGUGUGUGCACCUCUAUGUAUUCUGCUAGGGAAAGGCCUUUGUGCAAUCAAAUAGAUGGAGCAGAUGACAAUCUAAGGCCAGUCAAGAGCGUAAACUCAGUAUCAGAAACUUUUGCUUGCCAGCCUAUAGAAAGUAUAAAUACCCUUCAAAGUUCUUGCAGUAACAAGACAUGCUGUGUCCCGGGGUUGGGAGUAAAUGACUGUAGCUUAGGAGUGGGUUCUCUUACUCCGGCAAAAUCUCUGCGUGCCUUAUCUUUUAAUCCUUCUACUCUUCCGCUUAACUCCAGUCUUUUUAACUGGGAAACAGAUACCAGCUCUACUGACGCUAGUAGUACAGCACGACCUAUUGAUAACAUAUUUAAGUUCCAUAAAGCUAUACGUAAGGACUUGGAGUAUUUGGAUGUUGAAUCUGGAAAGCUUAAUGGUUGUAAUGAUGCUUUUAUUAGGCAUUUUACCGGUAGGUUUCGUUUGUUAUGGGGUCUAUAUAGAGCUCAUAGUAAUGCAGAGGACGAUAUUGUAUUUCCAGCAUUAGAAGCCAAAGAGACUCUUCAUAAUGUUAGCCAUGCUUACACUCUAGAUCACAAGCAGGAAGAGAAACUGUUUGAGGAUAUUUCUUCUGUUCUUUCUGAGCUUUCACAACUUAAUGAAUUAAUGAGUACUAGAAAUGUGUCUAAUGAUUCAACUCGAAGUAGCUUGGAUUCUUUCGAGAGUGAUGAUACGCUGAGAAAGUACAAUGGACUAGCCACGAAACUUCAGGGCAUGUGCAAAUCCAUAAGAGUGACAUUGGAUCACCAUGUUUUCCGUGAAGAACUUGAACUGUGGCCAUUGUUUGAUAAACAUUUUUCUGUGGAAGAACAAGAUAAAAUUGUUGGUAGAAUAAUUGGUACUACAGGAGCAGAGGUUCUUCAAUCAAUGUUGCCGUGGGUAACUGAUGCUCUUACUCAGCAAGAGCAAAAUAAAUUGAUGGAAACAUGGAAGCAAGCAACCAAAAAUACUAUGUUCAGUGAGUGGCUUAAUGAAUGGUGGGAUGGAACUCCAGCUGCAUCUUCCCAUACAGAAACACCAGAAAGUUGCACAUCUUUAGGUGCAGAGGCCUCUGAAAGCUUCGAACAUACUGAUGACACAUUUAAACCUGGAUGGAAAGAUAUAUUUAGGAUGAAUCAGAAUGAGCUUGAAUCAGAAGUAAGAAAAGUUUCUCGGGAUUCAACUCUUGAUCCAAGAAGAAAAGCAUAUCUGCUUCAAAAUCUAAUGACCAGUCGAUGGAUAGCUUCUCAGCAGAAGUCCCCUCAAGCAUCUGCAGUCGAAGGUUCAAAUGGUGAAGAUUUGGUUGGAUGUUCACCGUCAUUUCGUGAUUCAGAGAAACAAGUGUUUGGAUGUGAGCAUUAUAAAAGAAAUUGCAAACUCCGUGCUGCUUGCUGUGGCAAGUUAUUUACAUGUAGGUUCUGCCAUGAUAACGUGAGCGACCAUUCAAUGGAUCGGAAGGCUACAUCUGAAAUGAUGUGCAUGCGCUGCUUGAAAAUUCAGCCUGUUGGACCAGUCUGCACAACACCUUCCUGUAAUGGAUUCUCGAUGGCACAGUACUAUUGUAGUGUUUGCAAGUUUUUUGAUGAUGAAAGGACUGUUUAUCAUUGUCCUUCCUGCAAUUUAUGUCGUGUUGGGAAGGGACUUGGCAUCGACUUCUUUCAUUGCAUGACGUGCAAUUGUUGCCUGGGGAUGAAGUUACUGGAUCACAAAUGCAGGGAAAAAGGUCUUGAAAUAAACUGUCCCAUCUGCUGCGACUUUUUGUUUACCUCAAGUGCAACUGUGAGAGCUCUUCCUUGUGGCCAUUACAUGCAUUCAGCUUGCUUCCAGGCAUACACUUGCAGUCACUACAUCUGCCCAAUCUGUAGCAAAUCUAUGGGAGAUAUGGCGGUUUAUUUUGGCAUGCUUGAUGCACUACUGGCUUCCGAGGAACUCCCAGAAGAAUACAGGGAUCGCUGUCAGGACAUACUGUGCAACGACUGUGAUAAGAAGGGGACCGCGCCGUUCCACUGGCUGUACCAUAAGUGCAGGACUUGUGGAUCCUAUAACACCAAGAUUAUCAGGGUAGACUCCAACUCCCACUGCUUAACAUCACACAACUGAUGGAUGGCUUAUGGACUUGCUGUUUUCCAACGAGUGUGUAAAUACAUUUUCCUGGAGAAUAACUUACAUGAAACGGGACGUCAAAGCAGUUGCAUGCCAUUACAACCCACACAGUGGCUUUGUAAAUUAUGUGCACCACUAUAGCUAUUUCAAUUUAAUUUUGGCCAUCGUUAAUGUUCACAUAAAAAGGGAAAAUGGAAAGCAUUUAGACUGGA